AUGAGGAAUUUACAAAUUCUUCUAUUUUUUGUAACAAUUUUUGUCAUAUGUAAUUCGCAAACCUAUCAACCAAAUUGGCCAAGUGUAAAUAGUAGACCAUUACCAAGUUGGUAUGAUCAAUCUAAAUUUGGUAUAUUUAUUCAUUGGGGUGUAUACAGUGUACCUGCUUUUGCUACAUCAGUAUUCCCAUCUGCAGAAUGGUAUUGGUAUUCGUUGACCUAUCCAAAGGAUACCGACGGAGGAGCAACUCAAGCUUAUCAUAACAAGACAUUCGGUCCAGAUUUCACCUAUCAACAAUUUGCACCAAUGUUUAAAGCUGAUUUGUUUGACCCACAACAAUGGGCUGCUAUUUUCAAAGCAUCGGGUGCAAAGUAUGUAGUUUUCACUAGUAAGCAUCAUGAAGGCUUCACCAAUUGGAAAUCGGAGCAAUCAUGGUCUUGGAAUAGUGUUGAUGUUGGUCCACACAGAGAUUUGGUUGGUGAUUUGACUGCUGCUGUUAAAUAUGCUGGUUUACAUAUGGGAUUAUAUCAUUCUUUAUUCGAAUGGUUUAAUCCAACAUAUUUACAAGAUAAAUCAACUGGUAAUCCACCAACUCAAAAAGAGUACGUUAGUGAAGUAUUAUUCCCACAAUUGGUAGAUAUUGUUAAUAAAUAUGAACCAGAUUUAAUUUGGUCUGAUGGAGAUUGGGAACAAACCUCAGCCUAUUGGGAUUCGACAUUGUUCCUCUCAUGGCUGUACACCAACAGUUCAGUAAAGAAUACAGUCGUUACAAACGAUCGUUGGGGAAGCGAUUGUAGAUCAAAGAACGGUGGUUACUGGACACCAUACGAUAGAUUCAAUCCAGGAAAGUUAAUUGGUCAUAAAUGGGAAAACUGUUAUACCAUCGGAACUUCAUGGGGAUACAAUGAAAACGAACCAUUACAAGAGUAUCAAUCUACAACUGCUCUUCUUCAAGCAAUGGUUUCCACUGUUAGUUGUGGCGGUAAUUUCUUGUUGGAUGUCGGACCAACUGCCGAUGGUGUCAUUCCCAUCGUUAUGCAGGAGCGUCUCAUUGAGAUUGGUGAGUGGUUGGGUGUCAACGGUGAAGCGAUCUACGAUAGUACUUUCUGGCGUGCACAGAACGACACUGCCGACGAGUUGAUCUGGUACACCACCAACACUCAAACCGGCUACGUCUAUGCUAUAUCGUUUGUAUGGCCAGACUCUGGAGUUCUCGAGCUAAAGGCACCGGUUGCAUCGACAUCGGCCACCAUCGAAUUGAUCGGACCAAACAAUAACUCGAUCUUGGUCAGUUGGAACAUGAACAGCAAUGGUCAAGGUAUAAACAUUAAGCUGCCAACACUUACACCAGGUCAAACUCCACCAUUUGGAAUCUAUACAUUCAGAAUGAUGGGUGUUAAAUAA